CGUGUGAGAAACGCAUCGCACGCCACACGGCUCGCUCGCUUCGGACGACCACUUACGCACUACCCGCGAGUAGCAUGGGGGAUGGGCACGGCGAUGACGACCUCGACCGCGAAGUGCACUUGACGCUCGCGACGCUGCAAGGCCAAGGACAGGGCACCGAAGAAGACAAGGCGAUGACCGAGGCGCUGCUGGAAGGCGCGACCCGCGUCUCGAUCGCGACGAUCCUGCGUCGACGCGCGUCCAUUGGUGAUGCAGACGCGCUGGCCGCAACCCUUCCUCCUCCACGCAGCAUGGCCGAGCCGGGCCUGUGCAAGCCACUCGACUUCUCCGAUACGACGUCCGAGUACUCGGAGAUCUCGUGGGCCACGGACGACAGCUUCGCCAUGUCGUCGACGACCGACGACGUGAAGCAGUCGCCCAAAGCCGCCGAGCCGCCCAAGCGAACGACCAAGACCACGAGCCGCAUCGGGACGGUCGCCCGCGGCGCGUCGUCGGCGAUUCCCGUGCGCGACACGAACGCGUCGCGGUCGCGCGCUAGCACCACGACGGCGCGGGCGGCCGCGGCCUCGACCACAGCAUCGACCAAGACGCGCGAGCAGCGCCAGUCGCUUCCUGUAGGCGCCACACGCGCGUCACUGCUGCGCGCGCCGACAGCCAUCGCGGCCAUCGCGCCACCUGCCGCCGCGACCCGCGCGACGCCGCCCUCGUCCUUGCCGGCUGCCGUUCCUCGUAGUGCCUCUGUCCGUGCUCGCACGAUGACUAAAGCGUCUCCUAAAGGCUCGGGCGCCACGUCCUCGGCUGCCGCGGUCAAGCGCGGGUCCAUCGCGGCGGCGGUCGACCUCGCCUUCUCGAAAGAGCCUGCGCCGGCCAAGACACCCAGUGCGCGCCAGCCGCGGCUGAGCCUUCCGUCGCGUCUCGUGCCACCGAGCGUCGUGCUCACGGAGCCGCCGCCGCCGCCGACCGUGUUGCCACCGCCGACGCCUGCGCCCUUGCCGUCGCCGCCCGUGCUCACGCGCGCCUUCUCGAGCUCGGGCAACGACUCGCUUGAUGCGAACACGGUCCGGCACGCGUACAAGACGAUCUUUACGACCGAGAAGGAGAUCGAGGAGGCGCUCGCAUCGGUCGUCCCGCGCUCGAUGGACCUUAAAGUGCGCAUCGAGUCCCAGGACAAGUACAUUCGCCGCCUCAAAUGCCGGCUCCGCGACCUGCACAUGCAGAAAGAGGCGUUUGCGUCGACGUGCCAGACCAUCGAGCGGGAUUUGACCAACGUCCACGCCGAGGCCGCGCAGGCCUUUGCGGCGCUGCGGCAGGACGAGCCCAAAGCCGGCGAGCCGAGCGGCCCCGAAGCCUCCUCCUCCUCGACGCCCUCCGUGCUCGACCACGACGAGAACGACCCGGUCAUCAAGACGCUCGACUCGUCGAUGCAAGAGUUUGUACGCACGGCCAUGGAGCGCAACACGCAAAACAUCGUGGCCAAGUACCAAGCGCAGUGGCUCGAGAAAGAAAAGGCACACGAGCUCCACUUGGCGCAGCUCCGCGACCACUACACGGCGCAAGUCUCGAAAGUGACGCACGACGCGUGGGCGACGGUCGCGACGCAAGCGAGUCAGCGCAAGGCGCUGGAAUCGGAGAAGACGCAGCUCGAGCUGCAAUGGACGCAGCUCCAGAUCGACCACACGGCCGUCAAGAAGGAGCUCUCGGACCUCCAGGAAAAGUGGCGCCUCCAGGACGAAGAGAACACGACGGCCAAGUCGUUUGGCAAAAAGAUCGUGCACGUCUCGUCGCAGCUCGCCAAGGCCAACGAGGUCGUCGCGUCCAAGGAGAAGGACACGGCGGGCCUCCACGAGGCGGUCUUGUCGCUCGAGGCCAAGCUCGCCGAGGUCGAUGCCGAGCGCCAUGCGUGGACCGACCAAGUCACGUCGCUCAAGGCGUCGCUGGCCGAGGAAAAGUCGCGCCGGGAGCAUUUCCAGCUGGCCCAAGAUCAGCUCGCGUCCGACAACACGGCCUUGUACGCGCAAAUGGUGGCCGUGCAAACGGGCUGCGAAGCGCGGCUCCAAGAGAUGAAGGCGGCUUACGAGAAGAAGAUGCAUUCGGUCGCCGACGAAGAGAUGCGCAUGCUGCAGACCGAAAACCGUGUGCUCUCGCGGGCCCUCGCGUCGGCGACGCCGAUGACGACCGUCGUCACACGGUCGGCGGUCGACGACUCGGAGUUCAAGAAGCUCACGGAAGACUUUUUCGAGGCGCGGACGCAGCUCGCGGCGCAGACAUCGCUGGUCGUCGAGCUCGAGCGCCAAGUCCACGAAGGCAACAUUUUGCGCCGUCAAAUGCACAACACGAUCCAAGAACUGCGGGGCAACGUCCGCGUGCACGUCCGCUUGCGUCCGUUCUUGCCGUCGGACGGCGACUAUGAAAAGCUCAAGACGAGCUGGGUCGUCGACGAAGAGACGUCGGUUAUUUCGUCGACGGCCAAGACGAGCAUGCGCUUCUCGUUCGACAAGCUCUUUGGCCAAACGCAUGGCCAGGACGACGUCUUUGGCGAAGUCUCGGACUUUAUCCAGUCGGCCAUUGACGGCUACCACGUGUGCAUUUUUGCGUACGGCCAAACGGGCUCGGGCAAGACGUAUACGAUGCAAGGCGGCCGGCGCCCCGAGAUGCGUGGCAUCAUCCCGCGCUCGAUGAACCUCAUCAUGGGCUGCUGCGCGACCUUGUUGGACCAAGGCUGGGAGUACACCCUCGAGGUGACGUACAUGGAGAUUUACAACGAGACGAUCCGAGAUCUUCUCGCCGAGUCGGUCCAAAAGUACACGAUCCGCACGGACAAGAAUGGCAAAAUUACGUCGACGGUCUCCUUCGACAUCAUGGAGCGUGCGGCGUGCAACCGGUCCGUGGAGAAGACCGACAUGAACGCCGAGUCGUCGCGGUCGCACUCGAUCUUUACGCUGCACUUGCGCGGCAGCAAGCGCGACGACGACGGCAGCGAAGUCGAGCUCCUCGGCAGCCUCAGUCUGGUGGACCUCGCGGGGAGCGAGCGGCUCUCGCGCUCGGGCGCGACCGGCGACCGGCUCAAGGAAGCCCAAGCGAUCAACAAGAGUCUGAGCUCGCUCGCCGACGUCUUUAGUGCGAUCGCCAAGAAGCAAAACCACAUUCCGUACCGCAACAGCAAGCUCACGUAUGUGCUGCAGCCUGCACUCUCGGGCGACGGCAAGACGCUCAUGAUGGUCAAUCUGAGUCCGACGGACGCCAGCAUUGACGAGUCGCUCUGCUCGCUCCGGUUCGCGACCCAAGUCAACCAGUGCGAGCUCGGUGCGGCCGGUCGCCAAGUGACCAAGCGCGAGGCUCGACCGGAAAUGGACAUUGGCAACCAAACGGGGCCGUCGACGCCACCGAAGGGCAAGGCCCCGCGGCUCUCGCUGCCGUCGUCGGCGUCCAUCAAGGCGCUGCGCAAGCCGGCAGGCCGCGCGAUUGACGCAAGCUGA